AUGUCUAGCCACAUCGACAAGGCUCCGGAGGCUGAGGAGAAGCCUGAAGAAGAGGAAAAGGAAGAAGAAAAGUCAGAGGCAAGGGAGGAGGAGGAAACUGAUGACGAUGAUGAUCGAGAACCGAUGUACGACAACACGGAUUAUGACCAUGUACGCUUUGAUCCAAUAUGGUAUAGGGGUCAGGGCUACGCGGGAGACGAGAUGCCCGUCGAGAUAGCGGAGGAGCUUGGGGAGAAUCAAAAAUACGCACGGUAUCUCCAGAUGGUCGGAUCAUCCCGGACGAUCUUCCACAUGUGCGGUCGGCCUGAUGUGGUCCGGAUGAUCGACGACCCAGCCUAUGUCAUUGACGAUGAGAUUGUGGGUAUCCCAAUCGGGUGUAUGCCUGUCUCGUUUCUGCUGUCCCGCUACCAGGAGGAUGGCAUCUUUCCCUGGGACCAUAUACCCGGGCUGCCAAGCGGAGCAGUGAGAAAAUGCGUGAUCCCUGCCUCGGUUACAGGCACUGUGGCAACGCAAGCGCUUGGGACACUAUAUCCCUUCUCGCGAACAGUGGCCAAUGGUGAGGCCAUCAAAGUUGUACGAGUCCCGCAUAAUCAAAAAUUUGACAAAUUUGAGAACGAUGUAAUGGCUCAAUUCACGGAUGGUCUUCUGCAGCGGAAGGAUACGUUAUUCCGAGGGCUGUCCCUGUUCGCUCUCGAGAGAUCCUUGGCCUUCUUCCUCCCUGUUAUAAGCUCGACCAAUGCUGACAAUGAUUUUGGGCCGGGGAUCUACACCACAGGAAGUCUGUGGACAGCCAAGAAAUAUGCAGGUAUAGAAGGUGCCAUCAUGGUCUUUAGUACACCCGACGAGCGACGCCUAGUAUGUUGGGAACCCACCGGUGAUGAUUGGAGACGAUUGACCGCCAAGUGGAUCGGCCUACCAUCAUCCCGUGCAGAUGUCCCUCCGGAGUAUCAGAGCGUGGAUGUCAUUAGAGGAGCCAUGUCGGCGGAUGGCCCCAGGGCACAGAGGCAGAACCGGCCUGCGAACCCAGAGGACACCAAGCAGACAGCUUUUGUCUCGUACCGCGGGUGUGAGAGCUUGAGACGCGAACUCAAAGCUAUCAUCUUCGUCGAUUCCUCUAGAUGA